ACUACACACGUCAAGGUAGAGAAAACCUCCGGCUCCACGGCUACAGUUCUCCGACUAAGAAAGAAAUUUCUCUGCAACAUCUACUCUUUCCUAUUCCCACUUCCAACGGCUAUCCCUACCGUACCUUAAAAUCUACUCCAAGCAUCCAAAAGCACAAAUUCCUCUACUAAAAGCAAUCGCUCAAGAACUUCUAAUUAACUUUACUGCCAUAUCCGUAGUUCUUGAUUUUCGCUCUCUCGCAGAUCAGGAUGGAGUCUGUAUCCUCUAAUACAAACCCAUCACCUCGUCACCGGUCGCCUGAAUCCUCUAGUACAGAUCACCCAUCACCUUGCCACCGGUCGCCCAGCCGGUACAAGCUCUUCCAACCGCCAAUCGCCGACCGGAUCGUCCGAGCCUUCCGCCACCGUUUAGGGCUCCUCCACCGCUUAGGCGCCAUUUUCUUCGUCCUCGGUGAUUCCGGCAAUGUCUACACCGUCACCCUGACCGGUACCCCUUCCUGCACCUGCCCCGACCGUACGACCCCAUGUAAGCAUAUUCUCUUCGUCUUCCUACGUGUUCUCGGUGUCUCUCUCGAAGACACGUGUCUCCGAAGGAGAAUCCUCAGGCCUUGCCAGCUCAGCCGCCUACUUGGCUCACCUACCUCCCCUGACUCGUUGGCUGGGGUUCGCGUACGUGAGAGAUUCCAUCAGCUCUUCUCGCAUUCAUCAACACGUGGCGUUCCCUCACGAGUAGCUGAUUUGGAAGAUGGUGCCACGUGUCCAAUCUGUCUGGACGAGAUGGGAAAGGAAGAUAGGGUGGUGACUUGUCGUGCGUGUCGGAAUCCAUUGCAUGAAGACUGCCAGCAGAGGUGGAAGAGGAGCAGAGGAAGGAGGUCUGCGACCUGCGUGAUUUGCAGGGCGAGGUGGAGGGAGACGGCAGAACAGGAGAUGUAUCUGAACCUGGCAGCGUAUGUUAGCGAAGAGGAUGAGGUGGAUGACGCCGUUGAAAGCAAUGGAAACCUGUGUAUUGAUUAAUACAUCAAGGCUGUGUUUGGUAUGCAUUUUCAGAA